CGAGAAACGUACGGGUGAAGCAUCGUACGGCGGUCUUUAAAAUUGUCGCGUCGAGUUCUUCGUCCUCCUCCUCCUCGUUUAAAAAAAAUACGGAAAAUUAUGAACGAUAAGGAAUACAGAAUACUACCUCUUCAUAAACGACCAGAUUUAGUCCCAGACUGUUGCACGUUACUUAAUUCCGAGUGGCCAAGGAGCGAAACUGCACGGUUGAAGUUUCUAAAUGUGUCGUGCGAUGAAUUUCCGACUUGUCUAGUACUCGUCGACGAGGAAGACAGGGUCCUCGGCCACUGUAAAGUAUCUUUGAUUCCAAGAUUACGCCACAGCUGCUUCGUACAAUCGGUAAUAAUCGAUUACAAGCGCAGAUCCCAAGGACUGGGGUCUAGACUGUUACGUGGCACCGAAGAGUACGUAGCACGGAAGGGAAUCAAAACUGUGUAUUUGAUAACUAAGGGUCAAGAAGUGUUUUACCUUAAGAACGGGUACAGAACGUGCGAUCCGUUCAAGGCGUCAGGGAUCAACGACGUCGUGUACUCGAGCGCAGCGUUUGCUAAAGCGAAGCUCAGAGAGAAAAGCACGCAAUGCUGUGGGCCACCGCCUCCUCCGAUGCCAAACUUUCAAAUGCCAAAGUUCUAUGAUCUGGGCGUGACAACUCAGAGGACGCACAUGGUAAAAAAGUUAUCGCAAUAACGUGACGAUUCUCUCGCGUUCCAUACGUACAUUAUUUAUUUAUUUAUUUAUUUAUCUAGAAAAUUAUUUUUUUAAUUACUGUUAAACGCGGAGAUGCGUCUCGUUCUCGUAUCACAGAGCAUAAAUUACAAUCAUUCCAACAGACGUUACGAAUCAAUCAUUCUUUAAACAUUGUGCAGUAUCCUCGAGUCGAUGCGGUAUGUUUUGUACAAACUGUUUGAAAGCUUUCCUAUUCAGCGUUCUUCAAGAAGCAAAGUAUUAACCUUUUUCUUUUACACAUUACAAAAUGUACUGUCGAAGAAGAAGAUGGAAGAUUAAAACGUUUAUUCGUG